UGGCGGCAGGUGCGUGGGGGUGGGCGGUGCCGCGGGCCCCGGGAGGUCACCCGUCCCGGUCCCGGCCCCGGCCCGCUGGCUCCGGCGGGAGGAAGACUCGGCCCCGCCUCCCAGCGCGGCCGGACCUGCGCCCCCGAAGCCGUCCGAGCGCGGCCUGGCGGUGGCGUGACCUGAGCGGUUGCCCGCGCCGGCUCACAGCGGGAGCGUGCGGCGGCCCUUGGCUGAGUCGCGCCGGCAGGAAUUGAGAUCUUGCCGGUGUCCGACCUAGUGGGGCGCAGGGUGCCGGCCGCAUCCUUGCUCGUGGCUCACCUGGCAGGGAAGCCCGGAGGGGCGGAGCUGGGGGACCGGUGGCUGAGGACAGCGGCCCGGCCGUCCUGGGAUCCUGGAAGCAAGCUCGGGGCACCGGUGUCACUCGACACUCGGUGGGGGCCCGCGGCAGCGCUCCUCUUCACGGCCGGAAAAGGCCAGGGGUGUGUUGAGUGUCACAGGAAAAAGGACUGUGCCCCAGGAGCUGUGGGGGCUUGCCUCUGCCCGGCAGGGCCGCUCCAGGUGACCGUGGGCAGCCCACCUGCAUGAGAGCUUGACCCUCAGAUGCCAAGGACUUGGCUGCGGAUCUCUGGAGCUCCCAGGGGUCUCCCCGCAAACAGGAGCCCACCUCCCCACCACGGACCAGGAGGGGCGGGUCUCUGUGGAGCACUCUGCACACCGUGCCUAGUGAGCAGCUUGUAAGUGACGGUAGAGUAGCACGGAGACGGUUCUGGGCCCUGGGUGCGGGCUCUGGCUGCCGUUUAAUCGCUCGGAGCCUACCUGGGAGGAUUGUCGUGGUAAAUGAGCCGUCACCCAGCUACAGUUGAACAGCCCAGCAGAGCCCUGCGUGGGGAACUCCUGGGACCCAGACAACCACGCCUUUGCCGCUGAGGACCUUCGUCAGGGCUCCGCCCACCCCGCUGUCCAGCCAGGACUCCAGCGUCCCCCACAGGCACCCACCCGGCAGAUGGGGAAGUGAGAGGAGGGCUUUGCGAAGGUGUGGCGUGGCCCUGGGCACACAUGGCUGAGGCAGGGACAGGAGAGCCAUCCCCUGGCUCGGAGGGCAAGCAAGGGACAGCGUACGACACCCUGCCUUCUGACGCGGCCUCCCUCAGUGACUCGGACUCUGACCUCAGCUUGCCCGGUAGUGCUGAGGGGGAGGCGCUGUCCCCAGGGGGGCUGCCUGGGGAGGCCCAGGAGGAUUCAGGCCCCGACGAGCCCUCCUUGCCUCCCGUGGCCACGGUGCAGCCGUUCCAUCUGCGAGGCAUGAGCUCCACUUUCUCCCAGCGGAGCCACGACAUCUUUGACUGCCUGGAGGGGGCAGCCAGGCGGGCUCCAGCCUCUGUGGCCCACGCCAGCGUGAGCGACAACAGGAGCUUCCCGCAGCCCCUGGCACCCCCAAGCCAGCCUUCCGUGGAAGGUCUGGGCAGGGCCCCUCGGAGCCCUGCCCCCUCGAAGGUGCCCCCUGUCCCCGAUUACGUGGCACACCCUGAGCGCUGGACCAGGUACAGCCUGGGGGACGUGGCUGAGGCCAGCGAGCAGGACAAUCAGGCGGCUGCCCUGGCGUUCCUGGGCUCCCGGAGCCUCACCGUCCCCACUCACUUCGUGCCCUCCUUCAACCAGGACCCCUCCAGCUGCGGGGAGGGGAGAGUCGUCUUCACCAAACCGGCCCGAGGUGGCGAGGCCAGACCCGAGAGGAAGAGGGUCCUGAGGAAGGGCGGAGAGCCGGGCAGGGGCCGCAGCGUUGCUGGUGGGGAGGGCCCUGUGGAGCUGGCACACCUGGCCAGGCCCGGGAGCCCUGAGGCUGAGGAGUGGACCAGCCCCCUUGGGGGCCUGCAGGAAGUGGGCCCUCUGUCAGGGGCUGUCCACAGUGGGUCCGCGCCAGGCCCCCCACUGGUGGAGACUGUUGGUUUCCAUGGCAGCAAGAAGCGGAGUAGAGACCAUUUCCGGAGCAAGGGGUGCAGCCCCGAGGGCCCAAGUGCUGAGGUCUGAGAGCGCAGAUGCUGGCUGCUGCGGUUGUCCUGCCCUCCCCGCCAGGCUGCUUGCAGGGCUGGCAUCAGAGGGCCCCCAGGCCACUGCCAGCUGGCGUGGAAGGACCAUCCCCUUGGGGAGGAAGCUGGGGGCAGUACCCCUGGCUGGGGCUCUGGGAACCCAUCUCCACUGGAGCAGAGACUUGCUGGGGCCCAUGGGGGUGUGGGCUGGGGACACUGGGAGCCCUUGCUGUCCCCGGGGGUACAAUAAAGGUUUUAGG